AUGGCGACCAACGGCACAAUCGCACCACCUUCACAACCUAGCGAUAGCAACCAAGUAAAGAUCUCCGAAGUGCGAAACACAAACUCGCGCGAGAACCGGACAGCCGCACAUUCCCAUAUCAAAGGUCUUGGCUUGCGACCAGACGGCUACGCAGACGUUCACAGCACGAAUGGCUUUGUUGGCCAGACAGCGGCGCGAGAAGCAUGCGGUGUCGUGGUCGACCUCAUUCGGACGAAAAAGAUGGCUGGGAAAGCUGUACUGUUAGCGGGUGGACCAGGUACGGGAAAGACGGCAUUGGCAUUAGCUGUGAGCCAUGAGCUGGGGACGAAGGUUCCGUUCUGCCCUAUGACGGGAAGUGAGGUAUACAGUGCAGAGGUCAAGAAGACGGAGGCGCUGAUGGAGAACUUCCGGCGAGCGAUUGGACUGCGUGUGCAGGAGAGGAAAGAAGUGUACGAGGGUGAGGUUGCAGAGCUCACGCCGGAGGAGAGCGAGAACCCGCUCGGCGCAUACGGGCGGACAAUCUCACAUCUACUCAUCACACUACGGAGCUCACGAGGUACUAAGAAGUUACGGCUAGAUCCCAGCAUAUACGAAGCUAUCCAGAAAGAACGAGUACGGGUGGGUGACGUGAUAUACAUCGAAGCAAACACUGGUUCUGUAAAGCGAGUGGGACGAUCAGAUGCUUUCAGCACAGAGUUCGAUCUUGAGGCGGAAGAGUACGUGCCAGUGCCCAAGGGCGAGGUGCACAAGAAGAAGGACAUUGUGCAGGAUGUCACGCUACACGAUUUGGAUGUUGCGAACGCGAGACCGCAGGGAGGACAGGAUGUAAUGAGCAUGAUGGGACAGUUGAUGAAGCCACGCAAGACGGAGAUCACGGAGAAGUUGAGGGGCGAGAUCAACAAGGUGGUCAACAAGUACAUUGACCAAGGUAUUGCUGAGCUCGUGCCGGGUGUGCUAUUCAUCGACGAAGUCCACAUGCUCGACAUUGAAUGCUUCACCUACCUCAACCGCGCGCUCGAAUCACCCCUCGCACCCAUCGUCAUCCUCGCCUCCAACCGCGGCCAAACCAGCAUCCGCGGCACAACCUCCCCACUAACCCCCAAUGACCCUGGCCUCAUAUCCGCACACGGCAUCCCUCCCGACCUCCUUCCCCGCCUUCUUAUCAUCCCAACACACCCGUACACCGGCACCGAAAUCCGCACGAUCAUCAACACACGCGCUAAGCUUGAGUUCGCCACUGCUACUGCGCCUAGUCUGGCGGAUAAUCCGCAGGCUCUCAAAGUCUCUGCUUCGCUGGCGCCGGAUGCGGUCGAUGAGUUGACGAGCCAGGGCGAGAGUGUUAGUUUGAGAUAUGCGUUGCAAUUGCUAGCGCCGGCGGGGAUCUUGGCGAGGGCGAGGGGUAGUGAGGGUGGGAUUGUGACGGGGAUGGAUGUGCAGGAGGCUGUGGGGCUGUUCUGGGAUGCGGGAAGGAGUGCUGGGCAGUUGAGAGAGAGGGCUGGGGAGUUCAUUUCGUGA